GGAUAACGUACUUCUUCGCACUUCGGAAACCGAAAACGAUCGGGGACAGGGCUGGAUGCCGACGUGGGCUCUGUUGGCUACGAAUGGCACGGGUCAAGGCAGAGCAAAUCGGAAUGCGUUUUCCGUCACGGGCUUUAUCUACAUGUGUCUCUUUGGGGCAUCCUUGGUCCAGCUGGUUCGAAACUGCAGGAGCUACAAUUCAUGGACCCAACAAAAGACCGUCCACGCGCUGCUGUUUCUCGUGACACUGCUCCGCACGGGGUUCCUCUUAGCAGUGGGUUUGUUCGACUGGUGCGAAGUGGCAACCGCUGGGACGCUCUCAGCAUCCUGCGAGGCGAACGGUGUGGAACGUCAAGCGUUUUACGCCCUGGAUCAAUUGCCCAACAUGCUGUUCCUGUCCAUGUACUUGCUCAUCAGUUUGUUCUGGGCCGAAAUCUACUACAACGCGACCGAUCAACUCGAUAUCUUUACGCAUGUCGUCAAGCCAGUGUCAAGGGUGGUGCAUGGGGCCGCGUACCUGUUGCAAAUCGGGCUGUGGGUGCUCUACGCCGACCCGUGGCGCUCCGAAGAUCACUACUUUGGGCGUGGGUACGCCGCGUUCUCAACCACAUUCUUCGUGUUGGUGACGCUCGCGUUCGUCAUCUAUGGUCGCUUGGCCUACGUCGAGCUACGAGCCGUGCCCGUGGAUCUCCCCAUCCGAUCCAGGAAACUGCAAGAAGUGACGCUGGUCACGGCGGUGUGUGCGACGUGCUUCACCGGUCGGUCCGUGCUGAUCUUGUACCUCUCCCAAGACCACGUGCAGCUGCAAGACCACUUGACGUGGCUCAUGGUCGCGCUCUACUACUCCAUCUUUGAGCUCGUGCCGAUCGUCGUGCUGCUCCACUUCCACCGCCGCUUCCCCGUCUCGUCGAACAACCAGCCCACCUCCGUCGGUCGCUCGUCCCCUCACAAAGCAGCACCCUACCGCUUCAUCGCCGACGCCAUCAUGGACGACGACGACGAGUCCGACUCGGACUUGUCAACCGAGGACUCGCUACGGCAAACCCUCCUCGCAUCCUCCUGACCACCACAUAUCCCACCCACCUGAUAAACAACUAAGCAUAGCCACGACAUGAUAUAGCUGUGGACUACAGCGAUGCAUCCAUGCUACUGUAUACAUACGUAUAGGUCACAACGACAUGAUGAGGCUUGUAUAUAGCUUUUCUUGUUUGCAAUACUGUAGUAGUGGUAGCCGUCAUGCUGGUUACAGUUGCCGGUACUGGCUUUGGCGGCGGAAUUGGUUGAUGCGCGUGUAUGCAGAGUGCAUGGCGAACAGCGUGAGUGCCACGAGCACGGUGCCGAGGAUGACGAGGUGGUUGGACUGCGGCUCCGACAUGGUUCCGUCGAUGGAACUGUCCUGGUUCACGGGGUGAUACUGGCACAGUUCCUGCCACGGCGUUGUGUGCUGGAUGUGGCGGUCGAUGAUGUCGGUGAACUCGGACAGCGGGCACGAGAUGGAGCUGCACUUGGUCAGCUUGACGCGUGUGCGGUUGGUCUGUGGCGACCAGAUGUGCGUCUCGACCACCGGAGAACUGUCCGACGGCGCGUGCAGCUCAAAGUAGAGCGUCGCACCCGCCGGGAGCGCCGACGUGUUGAACUUGGUGGACUGCGGCUGGCCAUCAAAGUGGAAAUUCCACCCGACGAGCAAGCCCAUCCCGUGGAGCAGCUGCCGGUGGCCGGUAUAUGCGUACAGUUUGUAUUGCGAUGCAUCGUUGGCGGGGCUGACAUUCUCGGCGGCUUUGUUCAGCUGCGACAGCAUGAGGUCAGGGAAGCCUCCUAGGUAGUACGUCACUUGCCGCGGACUGCCGAGGUAGCGCCCGAGCAUUUGGUUGAAUUCGAGCCCUUGCACGUCGUCCGCGACGUUCGGCGGCACAAUCGAACGCAGUCCUUGGCUCGAAUCGGAACGCAGCAUGUCUGCGAUUACCGACAAGUCGUCACUGGGCGACUGCACCACGUCGAACGGUCGUCCGCACGCGAUCCCCAGUUGGUGCAGCACGGACGCAUGCGAAGCAAACAGCUUCUUGCCUUCGCCGGCGUCAAAACGGGCCAAGUCGGCAUCGAGGGUUUCACGGCAUGGACCGUGGGUGACGGCAAUGUCGUGUUCGUUCGAGAGCAGCUGCAUGACAACUGGAACGGGCACGGGGAAGCCGAGGGUCGUCGACGUCGAGUCCGGGUACAGGCCAUACCCAAACGUGACGGAGCUUUGGCUGCAGCUGUGCGACGGAUCAGCUCGGAAGUACGCGUCAAAGUGUUUUUUCUGCUUGAGAGUGGGUGACAGAAAGUGCUUGGACUGGACAUAGACGUCGCGGGUGUGGGCACCGGCAUGUACCAUUUGCUGCAUGCCUUUGUCCGUAAGUUGUUCGAAUGGCACGGCGUACGCGUUGAGGUUGGCGGCAUUCUCGGGACAGAGGGACGCGGCUGCUUGGGCCGGGGCGCGACUUCCAUGCGUGGACAGCGCGAUGACGGCUCGGAGCGAGUCGGAAGGUUCGGCAGCGGGAGGUGCCAUGAGUAUGCUGCUUCAACGGAUGUAUAUAUGCAGAAUACCUGUUAGAAAUCUUUCGAAGGAAGGGACAAACUUCGAGCACCCAGGAAUAUAACAGGUUCAACUGAAGAUUUCAAAACUUGGUUUG